UCUCCAUCCAUACAAGACCCAAAAAGCAGAAAGCCUCUCUUCUUUUUGGGUGCUUUCUGUUCUGCUACUCUUCUCCUUUGUGUUGUUUUUUUUUUAUUUUUAAAUACACUGAGUUUCUUAUAAGAGAGAAAGAGAUGGCACUGGAGGCUGCAGUCUUUCAACAAGACUGGUUUGGCCACAGCAGCAAAGAGCUCUACAACUUGCUUGGUGGGAAUUGGAGCUAUGACUUUGGCCUAGACCAAAAUGAAGAAGAUCAAGACAACAGCUGCUCUUCUUAUUUUCUCGAGAACCAAACAGAAACAUUUCUUCAUGAGGAUUGGAACUCUUUCCAACCACCUAAUUCCAUGGUGCCUCACUUGAAUGAUUUGCACCUAACAUGUAGCAACAAUAUUCCAUCCUCAUCAGAUGCAAGCAUUGAUGCAGCAAAUGGACUAUUGAGUACUGCUCCUCCAACUGGUGAUCAUCAUCACCACUUGGGUGAUUCAUCAACAAUGCCUGCUACUCGUGUUAAGAGAAGGAGAUCGAGGAGUAAGAAGAACAAAGAAGAGAUUGAGAAUCAAAGAAUGACUCACAUUGCUGUAGAGAGAAACAGAAGAAAGCAAAUGAACGAGUAUCUUUCAGUUCUGAGAGCUUUAAUGCCUGAGUCUUACGUUCAAAGGGGUGAUCAAGCAUCAAUUAUCGGAGGUGCUAUUAAUUUUGUCAAGGAGCUUGAACAAAAGAUGCAAGUACUUGGUGCCUGCAAAAAAAUGAAGGAAAAUUCUGAUGGUGAUAAUCAGCAACAUGUUUCUUCACUGCCUUUCUCCGAGUUCUUUACAUUUCCACAGUACUCAACAAGCUCAAUUCAUUUCGAAAACUCUGUUGGCAAGAAUGAAAAGUUGCAUAAGACUCAAUCUACUAUAGCUGACAUAGAAGUGACCAUGGUAGAGAGUCAUGCCAACCUCAAAAUAAGAUCGAAAAGGCGGCCGAAACAGCUCUUGAAGGUUGUUUCUGGGCUGCAUAGCAUGCGCCUCACUGUUCUUCACCUAAACGUCACAACGGUUGAUCAAAUUGUGCUUUAUUCUCUAAGUGUCAAGGUAGAAGAUGAUUGUAAGCUGACUUCAGUGGAUGAGAUUGCUACAGCAGUGUAUCAGAUGCUAGGUAGGAUUCAAGAAGAGUGUGUGCUGAAUUGUUAGAAAGUUUACUAUUAAUUUUCCUUUGUGGUUGGCCCUCUACACACCAUAUGAGGGCAAUUUCUGCAUUUUUAGGCAGUCUCUGAAAGGCUCAUCGCGACUAAUGUCUCUCCCAUUUUAUUCCUAGUGUAGCUUAGUCUGGUUGGUCUAAUUUGGAUGUUUCUGUUCCUCUAUUUUGUAACUUUUUUCUCCACCUUUUUCUUUUUGUAGUUUUUCUAGAGCAUCUUGUGUAUGAGCCACACAUAGAUGCUUGGUCAAUUCAAACCAUCUUUAAUGCCUUGCCCAAGCAUAUUUUUUUGUUCUA